AUGGUCUCAGAACCUGUUCUUCAGCUUAAGAGCUGCACCGUACGCCCAUACAGAGAAAGCGAUACCGAAUCCCUCGCCAAAGCAGCAAACAAUCCAAACAUAGCACGAUGGUUGUGCAACACAUUUCCCAACCCAUAUAGAAUUCCCGACGCCAAGAAAUGGAUAUUCAUCGCCAACACCCCUCCAAUCCUCGACUUUGCAAUUUGUUCGCCUGACAGCUCAAUCGUCAUCGGUGGCAUUGGCCUCAAAGCACGAGACGAUAUCCACCACCGCACCAUGGAAAUUGGAUACUGGAUCUGUGAAGAGUAUUGGUAUCGGGGUAUCGCGACUGAAGUCGUCUGUGCCUUCUCCAAGUGGGCUUUUGACAAUUUUGAGCAUUUGGUGAGGCUGGAGGCUGAGGUUUUUGAAGGAAACAUGGCAAGUUGUCGCGUUCUUGAGAAAUCGGGGUUUGAGUUUGAAGGAAGACAGAGAGCGGCCAUUGAGAAGAUGGGGGUCGUCAUGGACGCUUUCACAUAUGUCAAAAUAAGACAGGGAAUAUAG